UUUUGAAAAUCCGAGCGCCUGCAGAUUUGAGAGGAACAGCAACGAAGAUGAAGAAGAAGGCUACUUGCAAAUCCUCUGUAUCUCCAUUGGCGGAGAAAUUAUUCUGUCCUCCUCUUGCGAAAGACUCUCCAAAAUCCACAGUCAUCAAUAAGAAGAAGAGAACUCUCGCUUACGCCUCCACCUCCGCCUCUGCUUUCUUCAAACUCAAAUCAUCACCGCUUGUUGAUAAUAAUCGCAGCGACAAUCACAAAAGUCCGGCCACUAUCUCCGAUCUGAAGGACUUCGCCUCGUCUCGCGUGGACGACAUCAAGCGCAACCUCAUCGAUCGCUCUCACUCUGAGAUUGUCAAGGACUUCGAGGCCUCUUAUUCUCGAUUACACAAACGCUUCAAGAUACAGACACAAAUGUGUCAGCAACUAAUGGAUGAAGUUGAGAAGGAACAUAAGAAGAUGUCUGAAUGGACUAGCGAAACUCAGGAAGCAACGAUGGCUUCAUAUAAAGAGCUCCAGGAAGAUGUUGAAGCUACUGCUUCUCGUGGGUGCAAAACCACUCUUGAAGAGCUCUCCAAGUCCUUUGACAAAGGAAUCAAUGACCUUCGAAGCUGCUUUGGGAUUCCAGCACCUUAAAAAUAGUUUCUGCAAUUGCAAGGACCACAUUGUUGGUGCAAGAGCUUCUUAUUUGGCUCCUGGAUCUCUUGAAUCUUCUGUAAGUAGCAGUACAACAAUUUAAUUGCUCAGACUUUUGUAUGGUUUAUAAUUCACUGCUUAUAAAUAAAAAUUGCUUCUUAUACUCAACGAACAUCUUGUGCCUAGCGAAAUAUGACUGGUUCAGAUAAUUAAGGACCUUAUUUGUAGCAUCAAUGCGAAAACCACACGAUUCAUGCAUUUUG